GUUUUGUCUUGUAAGCUCUCAAUACCUGCAAACAGCAACGUUGCAAUUUUUUGAAAAUGCGUCAUUUUAUUUCAAAAAGCUAUUCGGUGUUUAUAUCUUGUUUAUGCAUCUACGCUAGCCUUCAGAAACCUGUUAGAGCGAUAAAAAUUGCGCUUACAAGUCAACAAAAAGAAUGGAUUGUGGAGCAGCACAACAAGAUCCGUUCAAACGUUACAACAAACGCAAGCAAUAUGCUCAAAAUGAGCUGGAGUGUCGAACUUGAACGCCUAGCAACAAACUACUCCUCGAAAUGCGUAUUCGAACAUAACGAAAACAGAAAAUCACUCGAGUUCAAUAGUGUUGGCGAAAAUCUGUUCGUUAUAAAAUCUACGGAUGGAUAUCCACUUUUCAAAAAUGCAAUCCAGACAUGGGAAGCGGAAAAGAGAGAAUACAGAUAUAUGUAUUCCUGUAUCUCUUGCGGUCACUAUACACAGGUGAUAUGGGCAACUACGUAUAAAGUAGGAUGCGGAUACGCUGUAUACCGUACCGGAACUACCGUAUACAAUUCAACUUCAAUAGUAUGCAACUAUGGGCCAUCAGGAAAUAAAGCUGCCACACUGCCCUACAUUGGUGGACCUUCCUGUUCUCGCUGUCCACCACAAGAUGUAUGUGAAAAUAAGCUGUGCGCGAACUCAACCCGUGACGAUACAGAGGGGAUGGACACUCCGGCCUCCUCUUCGAAUGCUACCGCGACAACGAUCGCCCCGGCUUCCAUUUUAACUACAACCGAUUCUGCCAUUCACAUUUCACCGACAAUCUAUUGGCACUUCUUGUCUGUGUUAGUUCUGUAUUGCAAAUGGUGAUGAACAGAAGAAGCGGAAGCGUAAUUUUAAAAAAAUGAUUAGAAACUAUUUCAAUAUAUAUAUAUAUUGUAACCAGAAGAAAAAGUAAUGCUUGUUUCCCCAUAGUCCACAUAUUUGAUUUAUUUUCCUAACGAAUGGGCUUGCUACACUGUUGUUCUUAGUCUUGGUGUUGUAGUGGAAAAAUCUAUUCUAAACAAACGGUAGUUGCGAGACUCCUUUCCGCAUUUUUAAUAUUCACGGGAACAUUGUUUUGACAUUUGACCUUCGCGCCCAUAAGUCUACUUUCUAUAACAAUAACUAAUCCACAAAUAAUCAACUGUGGCGCAGCAAUUGAAAAUGACUGGCAUCACGACGUCGUCAGUUCAGUAAAGUUAUGUAUUUAUCAAAAUAUAUCAUUUUCUGUCUGUAAUAUUUUUGUACUGAAAUAAGUUUUUAAGCGCCUUCUUAAAGAUCAAAUCUUAAAGUUUAUUUCAUACUUCGUCGGUGGCGCUCAGGAAGUAUUCGUACCAAGAUGACGCACAACCUGAACGACCCUGACCUGGUACACAUAAUAUGUUCAGGCUGUGCGCCAUCUUGGUACGGAUACUUCAAGAGCAUCUUGCUGGUUAUAAAAUGUAUCCCUGGAUAGUAGAACGACAGACCUUGAAGCUUCACUAGGUCAUACGAUUCGGGUAAUACGAGUUGAAUAUUGUGUACAUAAGAUAAAAAGGUUUGGUAUUAAAAUUAUUCUAAACUAUUGCAUGAGGUAUUUGAGCACAUGUCAUAUUCUCAUAGUUACAAAUAACCCAUUCAUGUUUUUUUAUCAAUCGGCGACCUUGUAAGAGGAAUUGAAGGAGCAUGGUCACGACUAAUCCCCCAGUUCACGAAGGACCGGUUUAUUAUUUCAAACAAAUAUUAACAUAGUAACACUGGAAACGACGUGGCAAUAUUCAUAAGGAUAAUUUAACAUUAUGUAACAAACGAGUAUUGCACAAGCACGAAAGUCGAGUGACUAAUCCACUAAUGUGAUUCAUCCAAUGCCAGCAAAAAUGUUGAGGUGUGCCCAACGACUAACAUGGUUUGCCUGUGAUCAUAAUUACAGUAGCAAGCAAAAUCUGGGGUGGAACAACAACCUCAAAAGAAAGUUCGCAAAAGAUCCAAUGCUACAUUUCAUAUCAAAUAAAUUCAGGUUAGCUUGCAGAGAUAUGAAACUCCGAACUGCAAUAGGACUAUUUGAACGUUCGCGACUUUACAAAACUUCUCAUAAGGCUGAUU